AAAAAAUAAAAAUGGAGCAAGUAUUUAAAAACAGAGGAAAUACUAAAUUAUUGUGUCCAUACAUGUUAAAAUAUACGAGUAACUUGCAUUUUGUUCGAGUCGGUCCGAUCAACUUUUGACCCCUCAAAAUUAACAUUGUACAUUAAUACAUUACACGGAGUACAAAAUAAAGUUUCAUUACCGAGAGUCCUGCCCCUACAUAAGAGUUCCAAAGCUUCAUACAAAAAUUUAAACUACACUCACAGACUCACAGUCACAUUUGCUCGCAGCUCCUGCCCUUUCAUUUCUGCCGCCCGAGCCAUUAGGUCAGGAUGUGAUGGAUGACACUCCAGAAUCAAGAAAAACAAAGCCAGAAAUUACCUUAGUGUCUAUGUUUCAGAAGAAAUUUAAAGCCAUGGAAAUGACUCCUGCUUUACCAAAUGCAACCCAAGACAGUGACAGAGAUGGAGAUGGAGAUGAAGAUUCGUCUUCUUCUUCGCAAAAUAGUCAAGGAACCGGAAUGGAAUCAGGCAAUUCGAAUGCUGAUAAAUUACCAUUAGCCGAGAAUGGCCAACUUGUUGAAAGGGAUCAGCUUGUUGUUGAAAGGGAUCAACAUGUUAAAACUGAGUAUGAUGCUUGCUUGGCCAUGUCUCUUAAAAGUUUGAGGUUUCUUCUGCGCCAAGGGUUGGAUUGUUGUGGUCAGGAGGAGCGCUUGGAGUGGGAUUUUAAUAACGUAGGGAAUUUUAUUGAACUUAUCAAGUUGUUAGGUUCGUUCAAUGAAGAUUAUCAAAAGGCUGUUUCAGAAAAUGCUUUGGAACAUUAUCAGAUUACAAACCAUGAAGUUCAGAAAAAUCUCAUCACUGCUUGUGCCAAAGCAACAACUAAGCUUAUUGUUCAAGACCUCGGUGAUGACUACUUUGGAAUAUUAGCAGAUGGGUCUCAUGAUAAAUUCCAUGAGUAUCAUUUGUCUCUCUAUUUGCACUAUGUUGAUAAAAAGGGUAUGGUAAUAGAACGGUUUCUUGGAGUUGUGUGGGUUGAUGGUUUUGCUCCUGAGUCAUGUAAGGCUGCCAUUGAUUCUUUGCUCAAGGAGCAUUCACUGAGUCCAUGUAAGAUUCGUGGGCAGAGCUACAACGGGGCUAAUAAUUUGGCUGGUAACUUGAAUAGUGAUAUUAAUGGCCUUAAGACUUUGAUAAUGAAAGAUUCUCAAUCUGCAUACCAUUUUCAUUGUUUUUCUCACCAUAUUCAUUUGACACUUGUAAAUGCUGCUGGAAACUGUGCCGAUUUGCAGUAUUCAUGAGACUUGCUGAUUUGAUGACCCUGAUUAGAGAAUC